AUGGCCAUCCUGAGCGCCUUGUUCUUGCUGCCUGGAGUCCCCAUCCUUUGUAUUGCUAUACUGCGAACAUACAAUCUGCUGAUUAACUACCUGGAAGCCCAAAAAUUUGGAAUCCCCAUCAAGGUGCUCCUGUUCAACCGUCAGGAUGACAUUUGGCUCUUCGUUUGGCGCCACUUCUAUCCGUUCUUCAAACUCCUCCCGUUCAACUUAGGCUCGUGGAUCGACUAUUCAUUCCAUGGGUGGAAUGUGGCUAUCCGAUUUAGGAACCAUGAAGACCUCGGCGAUGUUUUUGUCCUCGUCACGCCGAACCACAAUGAAAUCGUCACGACUGACCCCGUGGCGGGGUUCGAGCUGGAGUCGAAAUACAAAACCUGGUAUAAACCUCAACACCACUAUCAUAUUUUUGAUUUAUUCGGCAAGAAUCUCCUAACCGUCAAUGGGGAUGAAUGGCAAAGACAUCGAAAGAUUACAAGUCCGGCUUUCCGGGAAGUGAAUUAUAAACUAGUUUGGAACGAGGCUUUGAGACAAGCCAAACAGAUGUUUCAAAUUGCUAGGAGCCGCUCACAGGGCCAGAAUUAUAUGGAGGACAUUAAAAAUGAUUCCAUAAUCUUCGCUAUGCAUGUUCUCUCAGCAGUGGGGUUUGGGCAUGCAUAUGAUUUUGAUGGCGGGCUUCGACGAAUUCCACCUGGACAUGCUGUUAGCUUCUCCGAUGCCAUGUGGUUUAUAUUCACCAAGUUUCUAAGGAUCGUAAUGUUCCGCAACCUCUCACUCCCAGGAUGGCUGACACCUCGGUGGCUUGUCGAUAUACAAACACACCUGAAUGAGUUCAGGCAAUACAUGGAAGAGGCAAUUGACAAACAGCGACGAGCCGGGCCACCCCCCGUCGGCUCCGGAGCUGAUAUUAUCAGUGCUCUUAUCCGCGCCAAUGAACUGGUGAAGAACGAGGAGAAAUAUAUACUUACCCCUGCCGGGAAACGCUCGUAUCUUAACGACAAUGAGUUAUACGGAAAUAUGUUUAUUCUUAACCUCGUGGGGUUUGAACCACCUGCUAAUGCGGCAAUGCAUGUCCUUCCUUUCCUUACCUCCUACCGAGAGGUCCAGGAUUGGGCUGGUGAAGAGGUGGACAAAGUACUCGGCGAAUUAGAUAUUCUACAAUACGAAGAGGUUUUUCCUCGCUUAUAUGAAACCCUUCGAUUCUGGGGCCCUCUUGGUGACACCACCAGAAUAUGUCUGAACGAGCCGCAGAUUCUUCGUGUUAGAGAGCACGAGCUAGUUGUUCCCCCUGGGGUCUAUGUCAACUGGGACUUUGCCGGAUCGCAAACCGAUCCACGCUGGUGGGGACCGGACUCCAUGGAGUGGCGUCCCCAGCGAUGGAUCAAGGUCGACCCAGCAACGGGUCAUGAAAUUCUCGAGGCCCCUUCAGAAGCGGCCGAAAUGGCUUUCAACCCUUGGUCUGGGGGACCGAGAGUUUGUCCUGGUAAAAAAUUCAGUCAAGUCGAGAUUGUUGCCAUGGUUGCAACUCUGCUAAAAUCGUUCCGCCUCAAACCAAUGAUACUACCGGAGAGGGGGAUGCGGACUGAGCAGGAUGCACAACGCGAACUGUUAAGCGUCACCAAUGAUCUUGAGCUGCCGAGGAGGAUGAAAGGGGAGAGAAUGCGAGAUGCUGGGAUAGUGAUUCUUGACCGAUGA